AUGGCUACCGCGAAGAACCUCUCGGCCGCACGGCCCAAAGUGGCCCGGCAAAUAUCUUCUAAGGAUUCUACGGCUGCCGAUCUAUACGGUAGCCCGACGGUCGUCGUGCCACCCAAACAUCUCAUGGCCGGUCCCGACAGGUACAAGACUAUCCAAGAGCUCGCCUGGGCCAAACACCACCUAGAUGAGACCUCUUCUUCCGAAGACGCCAGUCCGAUGACUCGCUCCCCUGUUCUGGACGCUGUACCUGCUGAUACUGCUACCACAACUACCGACAAAUAUGCCUUUGCCUUUGAUAUCGACGGUGUCCUCAUUCGCGGCGGCGAGCCCAUUCCGGAGGCCGUCCAAGCAAUGAGAAUGCUCAACGGUGAGAAUGAAUACGGAGUCACAGUGCCAUAUAUCUUCGUCACCAACGGUGGCGGCAAAACCGAAGAAGAGCGUUGUCUUGAUCUUAGUCGCCAGCUAGACUAUGAAGUCUCUCCAGGUCAAUUUAUUUGCGGCCACACUCCAAUGCGGGAAAUGUCCGAAAAGUACAACACCGUGCUAGUUGUCGGUGGUGAAGGGGAAAAAUGCCGUAUUGUCGCCGAGGGCUACGGCUUCAAGGACGUUGUCACACCUGGCGACAUCAUCAAGACCAACAAAGACACCACCCCCUUCCGCAAGUUGACCGAUACUGAGUGGGCCAAUUCGCGCGUUCGUGAUUUUGAUAACCUCCAAAUCGAGGCCAUCUUUGUUUUCGCCGACAGCCGGGAUUGGGCUGGGGACCAACAGAUCAUCCUCGACUUGCUCAUGUCCAAGAACGGCGUCAUCGGCACUCGCUCUGAUAAUUUCCAAGAAGGGCCUCCCAUCUACUUUUCACACAACGACAUCGUCUGGUCGACCGCCCAUGACUACACCCGCAUUGGUAUGGGUGCUCUGCGCGCCUCGCUCGAAGCACUUUACAAAGCUGUCGCCGGCAAGGAAUUGACCACCGUUGCCUUUGGCAAACCCCAGAUCGGCACAUUCCAAUUCGCCACUCGUUUGCUCCGGCAAUGGCGCAAGGACACCCACGGCAUCGACCGGGCCCCUGAUACCGUCUACUUUGUCGGCGACACACCCGAGUCUGACAUUCGCGGCACCAACGAAUUCAACGCCCACAGUGGCUCUGGCGAUUCCCAUUGGUACUCGAUUCUCGUCAAGACCGGGGUCUUCCAAGAAGGCACCAUCCCACGCUUCCCACCUGAGAAGACUGUGAACAAUGUUCUUGAUGCGGUCAAGUUUGGCAUUGAACGUGAAUACGCCAGGUCAAUCCAGGACCAAGCAGCCUUGGAACAGGCUGAUUCGAAGACCGAGGUUGUUGCUCCGGCGUGA